CGGUCAUCGUGGGAUCUGGGGACGGGUGGUGGGACGCCUGGCGAGGUUCGAUCUGGUCGAUUCGAUCGAGAGGCGCUCGAUCCGGUCGCUGGGGCGCUCGAUUUGGUGGCGGUGGAGCUCGAUCCGGUCGCUGGGGCGCUCGAUUUGGUGGCGGUGGAGCUCGAUCCGGUCGCUGGGGCGCUCGAUCUUGGAGGUCGUACCGGUCGUCGGACGCCGGACACGGCCUGGUGUGAUGGGCAUGAGCUGGGUGGUGGCGAAUGGCGAGCAAGGGGACUUGGUUCGUGAACUCGCCUGCGGCCACACACCAAGGAUGAGACGACUGGGUGAGGACGGACGGGAGUUUUGAGGGCAACGACCGAGGUUUUUUUUGCAUAAUUGCUGCCUCCGACGCUUUUUCCGGAUCGGAGGGAGUAGUAUUUAUUUUGCUAUUUGACGCGUUCGUCCAAAUUGUCCAUGUGGGCUUGUCGCUAGUGGGAUGCCGCAGGGGCAAAAGCGCGCAACCACUUCAGCGCGCCGAUCACGAACAGAAAAAAGAAUAUCCUAAAAAAAUCAAGACCCAAGUAUAUUUGUUGAAAAAGAAGCAUGUGCAGCACAGUGCUAAAAUUGUAGCUGCACAUGUCCACAUGAUGUUUGACUUCAGAUACAUGCUGUUUAAUAUGGUUGCGUUGCACGAGCUUGAGGCUGCUGUUGAGAUUAAUAUACCUGAUAAAAGUCUUCUCCGAAGCGCAGAAAAGCACCAGCAGAGAUGGGCGCUGCUGCCUUCUUCUGCCUCCUAAUCCCCCUCUGGGUUCAGGAUGCAACUGCGACUGAUCUUGGCUUCACAAGAAGUGAUUUCCCCCAUGACUUUGUCUUCGGAGCUGGAACCUCAGCAUAUCAAUAUGAGGGUGCUGUUGCUGAGGAUGGCAGGAGCCCAAGCUGCUGGGACAAUUUCACUCACGCAGGCAAAAUGGUAGACAAAAGCACAGGGGAUGUUGCGGCAGAUGGGUACCACAAAUACAUGGAGGAUGUUAAGCUCAUGUCUGAGACUGGCCUAGAGGCUUAUAGGUUCUCCAUCUCCUGGUCAAGGCUUAUUCCAAAUGGAAGCGGGGCUGUCAAUCCAAAAGGUCUGGAGUACUACAAUAACCUAAUUGAUGAGCUGGUAAAUCAUGGAAUACAAGUCCAUAUCACACUUCACCAUCUAGAUCUCCCUCAGAUUCUUGAAGACAAGUAUGGUGGAUGGUUAAGCCCCAGAAUUGUGGAAGAUUUCACAGCAUAUGCAGAUAUUUGCUUCAGGGAGUUUGGAGAUAGGGUUACAUCCUGGACGACUGUGAAUGAGCCAAACAUUGGUCUAAUGGCCUCUUAUGAUGUUGCUAUAUUCCCUCCUGCACGUUGUUCCGAUCCAUUUGGAGCAGCAAAGUGCACUCUCGGGGACUCUAGUACUGAACCUUACGUAGCAGCUCAUAAUACCCUUUUGGCGCAUGCAUCAGUUUUCAGUCUGUACAAAGAAAAGUAUCAACCCAUGCAAAAAGGAGUUGUUGGCAUAAGUUUCUACUCCUACUGGAGUUAUCCGUUGACAAAUUCCACUGUGGAUUUAGAAGCAGCUCAGAGAUGUAAAGAUUUCUUGUUUGGCUGGAUAUUAGAUCCAUUGGUGUUUGGGGACUACCCAGAAGUUAUGAAGAAGAAUGUUGGCUCUCGCCUUCCAUCCUUCACAAAAAAUCAGUCUGAACUCAUCAAGGGUUCUUUAGAUUUUAUAGGAAUAAAUCACUAUUAUUCUCUCUACGUGAAUGAUCGCCCUCUGGAAACAGGUGUUCGAGACUACAACACAGACAUGUCAAUUUAUAUCAGAGGUUCUAGGACUGACCCGCCAGCUGGUCAGGGUGCCCCUUCAAAUAUUCCAAGUGAUCCCAAAGGGUUGCAACUUGUACUGGAGUACCUGAAAGGAACCUAUGGGAACCUUCCCAUUUAUAUCCAAGAGAAUGGUAUGGGAUCUGCCGACGGAAGUCUAGAUGACACCGACAGAAUUGCCUACUUGAGCAGCUACAUGGAAAACACACUACACGCACUGAGGUGCGUCAAGAUCAAACACAUAAAAAAAAAAAUCAGCAAUUCUUUUGAAGACAAUAUUGCAGAACGGAGUCAACGUGAGAGGCUACUUCGCCUGGGCGUUCAUGGACCUGUUCGAGCUCCUGUCAGGAUACCAGUCUAGGUACGGCCUGUACAGCGUCGAUUUCGCUGACGAGAGACGGCCACGGCGAGCCAGGCUCUCCGCUCGCUGGUACUCUGCCUUCCUGAAGGAGAAGGCCGGAACCUCUGCGCUUUUGUGGAAUGCCCAAUAAGGCGAUAAC